AUGUCAAACAUCAGAAAUGAAAAUUCGGUACCUUUUAUUCCAUUAUAUCUUCGUAAUAGUCCAUUAGAUAUUUAUAACAGUACCUUGGAUAUACCAAUUUUAUUACCAACAAAAUUUAACAAAAAAGACCGCGCAAGAUGUGUACGAGUACUGGACGAUGAAUUGAGCAUUCAACACACUGGAGUUGGGGCAUCCUCCAUCAGAGCGAAUAAUCCUAUUCCUCAUAGGGCCGGUAUUUACUAUUUUGAAAUCGAUCUUUUAAAUGAACCAGCUAGUAUUGGGGUUGCUAGAAAAGGUUUUAAUCUCGAAGGACAUUCAGGAUGGGAAUUUAAUUCCGUAGGAUAUCAUGGUGAUGAUGGCUUAAUAUAUUGUGAAAGAGGUUAUGGAAUUUCAUAUGGACCUACAUUCUCAACAGGGGACACUAUUGGAUGUUGCUUAAACUAUUAUGACCAAAUUAUUUUUUUUACAAAAAAUGGAAUUAAUUUAGGAAUUGCUAGUACAAGUAUUUUCACAGGGGAUUUAUAUCCAAUAGUUGGUAUACAAACUCGUUUUUCUCAUGUUGAAAUUAAUUUUGGUACUAGACCUUUUAAAUUCGAUAUAGAAUUUUAUGCAAAGGCUAUAUUUCAACAAAAUCCAAUGUUUACAUUCAAUGAAUUCGAUGAAUACUAUGAAGAUGAAUAUGAGUCUUCAGAUUAUUUUUGA